CGGAAGUACACAAGAUACCCGGCCAACUUGGACGUGGCGAUAUAUGUAUCAUUUGUAUCAUGAGUAUGGUUGGGGGUUGGCAUAUACGUGAUUCAUUUUAUAAAGUCUGAUCAUUAAGAUUAGGGAGGAUAUUUUUUCUUAGGUAAUUAAGAUCGACAUAACAACUUUAGUACUAUGGCAGACUUCGAGAAUUCAGCCCCAUCCCAGCCAUCAGCUGUGCAUAGUUUUUUCAAAAGAAUAGGCGACACAAAACAAAAUCUUCUAGACAAGUCCACACCAUACAUGUAUUUUCGAUGGAUCUUUACUUGCGUCUUGUUUUUACUCUAUGGACUAAGAGUUUAUUUUCUACAGGGCUGGUAUAUAGUCACAUAUGCCUUGGGAAUUUAUCUGCUUAAUCAGUUUAUAGCCUUUCUAACACCUAAAGUGGAUCCAGCUUUUCAGGAUCCGGAUGAUGAUGAGGAUGGACCAUCUCUUCCUACAAAAUCCAAUGAAGAAUUCAGACCAUUUAUGAGAAGAUUACCCGAGUUCAAAUUUUGGUAUAGUUCAACAAAGGCCAUUGUCUUUGGUACGAUUUGUACGUUUUUUGAAGCCCUGAAUAUUCCAGUGUUUUGGCCUAUCCUAGUAAUGUACUUCAUCAUCCUGUUUGUAAUAACCAUGAAAAGACAAAUUAAGCAUAUGAUAAAAUACCGUUACCUUCCGUUUUCCCACGGGAAGCGCACAUACAAAGGAAAAGAAGACACUGGAAAGGUGGUUUCAUAGUGACAUUGGUUUUGUUGUUUUUGUUCAUAUACAUACAUGUAUGUGUAAAAUAUGAACAUUCAUUCUCUUAUGAUUGUUUAAAAACAUUUUUUUUAGUAUUGUCCAUUUACUUAGUAUGCUAUUGAAUGAAUGCAUGAUUGUGUGAAGGAAAAAAAAAUAAAGCUAUUUAUAUUGGGAAAAAAAAAAAUUCUUAGUAUUUUUGUCAUAUACCGGUAGUACAUGUUCUUCUAUUUAAAAAACUAAUUAAAAAAGUUAGGGUCAUAGAAUCAUUCAGUUAUUGAUACUUGUCAGUUCCCUGGAGGUGACAUUUAAAGAAGUUGACCCAAAUCUAUGUUCACAUAUUUUUCAUCUUCUCUAGCCAAGGGUUUAUGAUCCGCUCCUCUCCUCUUGUAGAGGAGCGGAUCGUAAACCCUUGGCUAGCGAAGAUGCAUAUUUUUAUGAUCUAGGACAAAAUGUACAAAAAAAUAUAUUUUAAACAUAAUCAUUCUCUCUCUCUUUGUUAUGUUGGAAAUAGCUGAAAAUAUGCAAACUUAUAAUGGAGUUGCAAUAUUGAAACCAACUGAAACUAUAUAGACUUAUUUUCAAAUCUAUGAAUACACUCAGAUAUAUGGAAGUGAUUUGAGCAAACAGAGACUACAUCAUAUCAUCAUACAGUCAUGUAUUAUUGAUAAAAUACCAAUGUGCUAUCUUUAAUAAGUAAUUAUAAUCAUCGAUUCAUGAAAAGUUUUGUUAAUUUUAUCAAAAGGGUUCUACAUUAAAAUGAUUUUUCAUACA